AUGAAGCUAUUUUAUGCACCAAAGUGGUAUCAAUCACAAGACGCACCAGCCCCAAAGCAAACUAGAAAGGCUGUUCGUGCUCAAAAAUUACGUGCUUCUUUAGUUCCAGGAACUGUUUUGAUCUUGUUGGCUGGUAGAUUCAGAGGAAAGAGAGUUGUUUACUUGAAGAACUUAGAAGAUAACACCUUGUUGGUAUCCGGUCCUUUCAAGGUCAACGGUGUUCCAUUAAGAAGAGUUAACGCUCGUUACGUCAUUGCCACCUCUACGAAGGUCAACGUUGAAGGCGUUGAUGUCUCUAAAUUCAACGUUGAGUACUUCGCUAGGGAGAAAGUCCCAAGAUCUAAGAAGUCUGAAGCUGAUUUCUUCAAUGAAGCUCAACCAAAGAAAGAAAUUAAGGCUGAAAGAGUUGCUGACCAAAAGUCUGUCGAUGCUUCUUUAUUAUCUGAAAUCAAGAAAACCCCAUUAUUGAAACAAUACUUGUCUGCUUCUUUCUCUUUGAAGAAUGGUGAUAGACCACACUUGUUGAAAUUCUAA